AGUCGCCCGCGCUCUUUCUGCGCUCAGCCAGCGGCCCGCGGGCCGGGGGUCAUGGGCGGCCUCUUGGGGCGCGCCGCGCUGCCGGGGCUGCUGAGCGGUCCGCGGGUCCCGGGCCCGAGACUGCUCGUACGCCCCAGCUCGGGAGGGUCCUCCUGGACACGGGAGCGGACCCUGGUUGCUGUGAAGCCAGAUGGGGUGCAGCGGCGGCUUGUUGGGGACGUGAUCCAGCGCUUUGAGAGGAGGGGCUUCAAGCUGGUGGGGAUGAAGAUGCUGCAGGCGCCAGAGAGAGUCCUUGCUGAGCACUACCAUGACCUGCAGAGGAAGCCUUUCUACCCAGCCCUCAUCAGCUACAUGACCUCCGGCCCCGUGGUGGCCAUGGUCUGGGAAGGUCCCAACGUGGUCGGCUCCUCAAGAGCCAUGAUAGGACACACCGACUCCGCUGAGGCUGCCCCUGGCACCAUCAGGGGGGACUUCAGCAUCCACAUCAGCAGGAACAUCAUCCAUGCCAGCGACUCCGUGGAAGGGGCCCAGAGGGAGAUCCAGCUGUGGUUUCAGAGCAGUGAGCUGGUGGACUGGGCAGACGAAGUCCACCAGAGCGGCAUCUACCCACCGUGAGCACUCAGGCUGCCGUCGGCCACCCCAGCAGCCGCCCAGGAUCAGCUACCUCUGUCGUCCCAGACUUGAGUGCACACCGUGGUUUGCCGGUUGGCCCCAGAACACCUUCCAGUCUACCUUCUGCCCCACCCCAGCUCAGAGGGGUUGAGCAACCAACUUUACGUGCCUUUUAGUAUCCUAAGCCAGUAAGAGAUCCACUUUCUGGACCUAAGUGUCAGACAACCUUCAGGGCAUCUUCAAAAGUGUGUUGUGGAACCUCCCUUCCCCAAAAGGUGGGUGGGACAUUAAAAUUCACUGUGUUGUGUUUGUG